AUGGAACAGGAAUAUGGUCAAAGAAUCAACGCUGCAGGCUUUCUUUCUUUUUCUUUUCAAAUUUUAAACAUAUCUUUCUCUUCUUCCUUUUUUUCAUUCAUCCACUCUUUAAAUAAUUAUUUUUAUUUAUCUUUCCUCACAAUUUAUUUAUUAAAGUUAAGGCUUUUUUCUUCCCAUUUUAUCUCUUUUUACUAUUUCUUCUUUUUUUCUUCUUCUUCAUCGUCUUCGUCUUCUUGUUUCUCUUUUCUUCUUCUUGUUCUUCUUCGCUUUCUUCUACUUCUUUCUUGUUGUUGCUGUCGCUCUUCUUCUUCUUCACCUCCUCCGCCUCUUUUUCUUUUUCUUUCUUUCUUUCUUUCUUUCUUUCUUUCUUUCUUCUUCUUCUUCUUCAGGACUUUUCAUCUUUCUUCCCUUUCCCAACUUCCCCUUCCUCCACCUCCCCUUCCUCCUUCAUUUCUAACCCUUAUUUCUUUUUAUCUUCUUAUUUCUGACUCCUCCUCCUCCUCCUUCUUUUUCUCUUAUUUUACUUUUCCUUCUUUCUUUUUCUUUCUUUUCUUCCUAUUUCUUCUCUUCUUCCUCCUCCUUCUCUUCUUUCUUUGCAAUCCUUUCUUCUCCUCCUUCUCAUUUGCUGUUUUUACACCUACUUUUCUUCCUCCUUCUCCCCUCCUCAUUUUCUGUCUUCUUCUUCUUUUUUGUAGUCUUCUUCUUCUUCUUCUUCUUCUUCUUCUUCUUCUUCUUUGUAGUCUUCUUUUUCCUCCUCCUCAUUUGAAGUUUUUUCACCUACUCUUCCUCCUCCUUCUUCCCUCCUCAUUUGCUGUCUUCUUCUUUUUCUUCUUCUUUGCAGUCUCUUUCGAAUUGCAACCUCUCUGCAAGACCAAUACCUUCCCUCGCCUCUUUCUCUUCGCUACUUCCCUCCUUCCCAACUUCCCACCUUCCACUGCAACACACCGGGAAGCAAGGCGCUCCUUUCGAUGA